UUAAGGGAAGAAAUAAAGUUUGAAACUUUCUUCUUUUUGUUCCACUAGGUUGGGCGUUAAUGGUUAUUUACAGUUGUGUGAUGGUCCAGAGUUAGUAAGUUUACCCUUACUGAUUUGGUUCAAAGGACGAGAGAUACUGUUCUACUCGACACUACACUUUGAUGAACAUGGAGUUUUUCGGUGACAGCCAAAAUCACGACGGCUCUGAAACCGAUAAGAAGAACAAGAAGAAGAAACGAUUUCACCGUCACACUCCUCACCAGAUCCAACGCCUCGAAUCUACUUUCAAUGAGUGUCAACAUCCAGAUGAGAAACAGAGGACUCAACUUAGUAGAGAAUUGGGUUUAGCUCCGAGACAGAUCAAGUUCUGGUUUCAAAACAGAAGAACACAAAAGAAGGCACAACACGAGAGAGCUGAUAAUUGUGCACUGAAAGAAGAGAAUGAUAAGAUUCGUUGCGAAAACAUUGCCAUUAGAGAAGCUAUUAAACAUGCCAUUUGCCCCAACUGUGGUGACUCUCCUCUUAAUGACGACGCUUACUUUGAUGAACAAAAGCUUCGCAUCGAAAAUGCACAGCUUAGAGAUGAGCUCGAAAGGGUUUCGAGUAUUGCUGCUAAAUUCAUAGGGAGACCAAUCUCUCAUCUU